AUGUCAAAGAAUUUCUCUAUUGAUGCAUUACUUAAUACUACUACGAAUAAUAAUAAUCAUCAUGAAAGUCAAAACUGUAUACCCUUUUAUACAAAUCCAUUACUUCAAACAUUUUUAAAUCAUCUACAAUUAGAACAAACUAAAUCAAUUAAUCAAUUGUCACAUAGUUUAACCACAAGUGAUAGUGAUGAAGAUGAUAAUUCAUCAAACUCUUCUUCAGUAAACAAAACAACAAAUAAUUCAUCAUCAUCACGUCGUAAACGAACAGCGUUUUCAAAUGAACAAUUAAUCGAAUUAGAAGCAGAAUUUCAACAAAAAAAAUAUUUAUCACUAGUCGAACGUUCACAAAUCGCUCGUUCAUUACAUCUAUCAGAAAUUCAAGUAAAAAUUUGGUGGCAAAAUCGUCGUGCAAAAUGGAAACGUAUUAAAGCUGGACAAUUACGACAAUUUUCAACACAUUGUGAAACAAAUAAAAUUUUAUGUCCUAUACCAGUACAUGUUAAAAAACCUUUUACGUCUUAA